UCUGAUCGGCGAUUGUCGGAAGCUCCUAUUCAUCGCCGCCACCGUGGCCCGGAUCGGACCCACUUCGGAUUCUUCUCAACCCGGAUCCGGGAGCCAUUCAAAUCCCACUUUCCCAGUAAGAAAGCCUUGACCUUUACCAUUUACCGAACACCACUCUGUCCGAACAAAUCGGGUUCUGUGUUUCCCUGUUUUUAGUGCAGUGAGAUUCAGAGUUAGUUCAACUAAAUUUUGCUCCAGCUCCCAAGUACACGUGUCGAUCUGGGUCUGCCUUUCACAGGCAUGGAAACGAGGUUAUAUAUAAUAUUGGAAACGAUGUUGGGCUGGUCAUAGCUUUUGUUUCAAGAGUUCAGUUGUGAAGUGUUUUGGUUCCUACAUGGAAGCAAACAACGAGGAAGCACUUAAAGCAAUAGAGAUUGCUGAGAAGCGAUUUGCUCAGAGAGACUUCUUAAGUGCAAAAAACUAUGCUGUAAAGGCUAAAAUGCUUUGUCCGGGAUUGGAGGGUAUAUCUCAAAUGGUGGCCACUUUCGAAGUAUACAUCGCUUCUGAGGUCAAACAUAAUGGUGAACUAGAUUAUUAUUCGAUUCUUGGAUUAAAACCUUCUGCAGAUAAAGAGGCUGUCAAGAAACAGUACAAGAAGAUGGCAGUGUUGCUUCAUCCAGAUAAGAACAAAUGUGUGGGAGCUGAUGGGGCAUUUAAGCUUGUUUCCGAGGCAUGGACUUGGCUAUCAGAUAGUGCUAUGCGUAGGUCUUACGAUCUCAAGAGAAAUGCACAGUUGGGUGGGAUUAAUCAGAUGAAUUUGUCAUCUGUCCAUGUCACAGGGGCUACAGGUUAUGACAAAUGUUCCAAUUUGUCAACCUCUCGUGGUAGGCUUGACACCUUUUGGACAAUUUGCACCUCUUGUAAGGUUCAGUAUGAGUAUAUGCGCAAGUAUGUGAAUAAAAGACUCUCUUGUAAGAACUGCCGUGGUACUUUCAUCGCUGUUGAAACUGGGGCAGCCCCGGCAAAUGGUUCAUUUCCAUAUUGUCCUGGGUCAUAUGUGCCAGGAAAUGGGUAUGGAAGUCAUUCAUUUGAUGGAGUUACAUAUGUUCCAACUAGUGCCACCUAUUUCAAUGGGAAUGGGGUCUCAGGAUACCAUUCUGGACAUGGAUAUGAGUAUGCUUCAAAUGUCUCAUUUCAGUGGGGCUCUGCUGGGCUCGUCAAUCAAAAUGGAUCAACUACCUUACCUGCUGAUUCUGUUUGUCAGGCCAAUGGAAAUGUGAAGAGGGGAAGACCAAAAGUUAAAUCAGGAGCUGAUAGGACUGUGGUCAAUAUAAAUUCAGAUGUAUCAUUGUCCUGUAAUGAACCACAGGAAGUUAAGCCAAGUAGACCUGACAAGAAACGUAAAGUUGUUGUGGGAGCCAGUUUCAGAAAUGGCUAUGAAGAAAAGGGGUCAAAAUGUGCUUCAGAAUCAGUAGUGGCCAAUGGAAAUGAUAUCAUUGGACUUGACCAAAAGCUUUCCGGCACAAGUGAAGUACAAACCAAGCAGUGCUCCACGGCACCAGCAUUUGAUGCGAGAAAAUUAUUGAUUGAGAAAGCCAGGACAGAAAUUAGGAAGAAACUGGAAGAGAUGAAGUUUUCAUCUGCAGCUGCAGUAGUUGCAACUGUGAAUAAGAGAGAAAAAUCACAAGCUGAAGUUGGUCAAGUUAAAAGAGAGACAUGUAGAAGAGCAGUUCUGAAUGUUUCUGGUCUUCAAUUAGAGCACGGGAAAACUAGUCCAAUCUCAAUAACUGUUCCAGAUCCUGACUUUCAUGACUUUGAUAAAGAUAGGUCAGAGGAAUGCUUCAGGCCGAAGCAGAUAUGGGCCCUCUAUGAUGAGGAAGAUGGCAUGCCACGAUUGUAUUGUCUGAUCCGUGAGGUUGUAUCUGUUAAUCCAUUUAAGAUUCAUAUAAGUUACUUGAGUUCCAAAACUGAUAGUGAGUUUGGCUCAGUAAACUGGCUUGAUUCUGGUUUUACCAAAUCUUGCGGAAAUUUCCGGGCUUGGAAUUCUGAUGUUGUUGACCAAGUUAACAUAUUUUCUCAUGUUCUAAGCCAGGAGAAGGCUGGUCGAGGCGGUUGUGUUCGCAUAUAUCCCAGAAGUGGAGAUAUUUGGGCUGUUUAUCGAAAUUGGUCACCGGAGUGGAACAGAUCUACUCCAGACGAAGUGAGGCAUCAAUAUGAAAUGGUGGAGGUGCUGGAUGAUUACUCCGAGGAACUUGGUGUUUGUGUUACUCCCCUUAUUAAAUUGGCUGGAUUUAAAACAGUAUAUAAGAGGAAUACAGACAAAAGUGCCAUAAAAUGGAUACCAAGAAGAGAAAUGUUACGUUUUUCACACCAAGUUCCUUCUUGGUUGCUGAAGGGGGAGGCAAGCAAUUUGCCUGAACGAUGUUGGGACCUUGACCCUGCUGCAACUCCUGAUGAGCUUCUUCAUGCUGCUGCAGAAGCAAACGCUUUGUAGGUCAUGCAUUGGUGAAACAAUUAUUUGGGUUGCUUUUUAGCAUUCUUCCCACAACAUUUUAGAUUUAACAGUACACUAUGUCAACUUGGUUAGAGACCAACGAGACAUUAACCACGGAUGUUUUAGAGGGUGAAAUUUUAUCUUGUAACAGUUGUUUAGACUUUAAGAUCUAGUGAUUGCCUGUUCAGUAAAGUUUCUUCUUGCCAUAGGAGGGGUAACUCAUUGCAAGAGUUCAGGACAGAUUGGCAUUGGGCCUGCCUUCUUGUAACUGUAUUUCUGACCAGUUUUUACUGGGAAAGAAUCGAUUCAAUUAAAGGCUGAAACCAAUUUUAAAUUCAACAACUU